AUGUACUUCGAAUUAGGUACUAAGAAAAUUUACAAGCGACUUCUUUUAAUAAGCUGCUUUAUUGGUACACUAAUCGUUGCAGAAAGGCAAAUCAACUUAGAAGAUAUCGAACGUGAUAAUCUUGCAAGCGAGAAACAAACAGCCAAUCAAGAAGCAUCCCAAAAACAAGAACAAUUACCUCAACAACAACCACAAGAUGUUCAACCUCCCACUUUUCUGCCACUUCCACACCAGCAACAACAAUAUAUUCCAGCAUCUCCACCACCAAUAAAUUACUAUUCUAGACCACAGGAAAUCAUUCAACAAACACCACAAUUUAUAUCCCCUCCUUCGCCACAUCAACAGGAGAAUUAUUAUCGGAGACCACAACCCCAAGCCACAUAUUCUCCUCAAGCCCAAUAUUCACCACAAGAAUUAGCUGAAUAUAUUACAGAUAAUCAUUUGAAAUUAGGUCCUGUGCCAAAUCAACAACGAAUUCCAGCACAAAUUCCACAAUAUUAUCAAAAUCAACAACCAAGCCUUCAACAUCCAAAUUUACAACAAUUCUUUUUAUUGCCACAAUUAUCGUACAAUCCAUAUUCCAAUAACCAACAAAAAACCGAUGGAAUCCAAUAUGUAAUGUAUUUACAACCCGCUGCGGCCGCUUCCUUUUUGGCCCCCCAAACCCAUAUUCCAAAUCUUAAUGCAAUCCCACAUAUUAUGAGUUUAACGGCUCUUCCACGUUUAUACACGCAACAAGGUAAAUCACCAAUGUUUAGUGUUCAACCCCAACAAUUCCAACCCGAACAACAAGAGAUUCGAUUCCAGCCACAACGUAAAUUGGUUAUUCAACCAGAAAUACGAUUAAUGACAAUCCAAGCCCCAGCAGCACAUGAGAAACAAAUUUUACUCUUGAAACCAAAACCACAAGUUCCACAGCCAGAGCAAUAUAUUGUUGUACCACAGCCGCAAGAACCCCAACAGCAACAAAUUAAAUCCUAUCCAAAAUCAUUGUUGGAUUCAUAUGUGCCAUCUGUACUACAAUUGCAAUAUUUGAAGGAGCAACAACUAAAACAACAGCAAUUACAGCAACAAGAACAAUUAAAACAAUUACAAGAACAAUCCCAACAAACGCAAAGUGAUGCUGGAAAUGCGAUAGCAGAACACAGUAGUGCUUCGGGACAUUUAUUAAAUACAAUUGAGUAUAGUCCAGAACAAAAAUAUAUUACGCCAAUCCUUAAAUCAGCAAGCAGUGCAAAACGUUUUGCUUAUCAGAGUUAUUUCCCAAUUCAGCAUGGUGGAGGUAGCUCCAGUUUUGUAAAUUAUCGAUUGGGAAGAUAUGCUGAGCAUUAA